AUGAGGCUGAUCCCCCGCAACAUCAACUGGGAGGAAAUCACCCCGUGGACCCUAGCAACCCAGGCCCGCUCCGUCAUCGCCGGCCUCCCCGACGCGAGCUUCUAUCUGGAGAACCCAUUCACCACCCCGUCCGGCGGCCUGUACUCGACCACCGACGACCUCGCGGCCUUCGGGGUCUCGAUCCUCAACCACACGCUGCUGUCCCCGAUCGCGACGCGGAAAUGGAUGAAACCCCACACGCACACCGCAAGCCUGGCCGGCUCGAUCGGGGCCCCCUGGGAGAUCGUGCGGGUCGUGAGCCCCACGACAGGCAGGGUGACCGACAUCUACACCAAGCUCGGCGACUCGGGCAACUACGGCGGCCUCGUGGCGCUGCUCCCGGACUUCGACGCCGGCUUCAGCCUCCUCGCCGCCUCCACGAGCGUGCAGCGCAGCUCCCUGACCAACCAGAUCCUGGAUUGGAUCACCCUGUCUAUGCUGCCGGCGCUGGAAUCGCAGGCGAGUUUCGAGGCCGUCCAGAACCUCGUCGGCACAUACGAGUCCGCCGAUCCGCGGGUCAAUUCCUCGGUGACGGUCGCGUGCAAUGCUCCCACCGGCACGACACAUUACUACCACGGUCUCAAGCUGACGAGGUGGAUAUCAAACGCCACGGACGUGCUCGCCUCGCCGUUUCUGGCCGGGUACGAGCCGCGAUUGCUGCUGAGUAGCCCGAAAUCCACGCCGCGUGGGUUAGCCGGGGAGGCUGCGUUUCAGGUCUCCAGGUUCCCGCAAACGUACAGCUACUUCGCGCCCGGUGCAGCGGAUCUCGGAUCGAUCGGUCCGUUCACGGGGCAGUAUGACACGAACCUGGACUUUUGGAGUACGGAUACGGUUUACUAUGGAGCUCAUGGGCUGGGCACGUUUGUGUUCACGGUGGAUGGGGAGGGGAAGGCGUCUGUCCUUGCCAGGGACUCGUUGACGUCAAGUGUGAUGUUACGAAUCUUGGUGGCUGCUGCGGAACAAGCAACCGUAAACGCCACGCCACUGAACAUGACAGGUCAAAGCGGUGCUAAAUAUAGCACGGUUGCUCGUGUGGCUCACGGCGUGCACUCCACUGUAGGUCGAUUACUCCACAGCAAACACCACGAGAGACCAUAUACGAUCAAGAUGUUCACGAUCCUCAGAGCCGGGGGCGAAAAGCAGGUCAAUGGCAACCAGCAGCAGUAA